AUGGAUGGCGUCCCGCAGCUGGCAUUAUCGAAUCACCACAGAGGCAGUUUCGCCAGCAGCUUGCAUUUCUUCCAGACGCUGGGCCAUCUGGCUGUUAAAAAGCAAACGGUAGGCAGACAAAAUCAGCAAAAUAGUAUUCAGCUUACCUGGUGGUCGCCUACGUUGUGGCCACCAGCGGUGUUGCGGGCUGGGCCUCAUCUCAGAGAUGACGAGGUUAUGGUCGGUCCAUUGGUCGGCGUCGCAGAUCGCCUUGGUCAUCAUCACGUUCUGUCGACUGCGCCGCCGGACGUUACGAUAGUCCAGGAGCUGUCAGCGCCGCCAUCAGGGGUGCUUCCAGAUUGCCUCGUUCUGCAUCGGCAGGCAGAAAAUGGUGUUGGUCAGCAGGAGACAUUGUUCUGCGCAGGUUCGCAGAAGAAAGAGACCACCGUCGUUGCAGCUGUCGAUCCCGUGAGGACCCAGCCCUCUCCUCCAGGCUGCACAGUCUGUCCCGACGCGCGCGUUGAAGUCACUAAGGAAAACCUGCUUGUCCACCUUCGACACAGGUGCCAGGAGGACGCGUAA